CCUCUCUUUCUGAGACCAAUGGCUCUAACGGUCUCUGGGGAUGUGCUUCUGAUUAUCUUCGUGCACGGAUUCAAAGGCACCGACCAAACUUUUUCCCAAUUCCCUGAGCGCCUCCAGCACAUUCUAACGGAGACUGUUCCCGAUGUUUCAGUAGAAUGCAUCGUAUUUCCGGCGUAUGAAACCAAGGGAGAUUUGAAUGAAGCUGUCAUCCGUUUCUCCGACUGGUUAACGACCUUGACUGUCGAGAAGGAGGUUGCAUCUGGCGGAGGUGCAGGGAGGGCUAAGAUCGUAUUGUGUGGACAUAGCAUGGGCGGCCUUCUUACUGCCGACACUCUGCAAGAGUUCGUCAGAGGGAGACCAGAUGCGAAUGCCCCUUUAUGGCCCAAGAUAAUCGCUUGCUUAGCGUUCGAUACGCCUUACCUUGGCCUUAAUCCUGGGGUCUUCAAGGACAGCGCGACGAAAGCUUUGGAAUAUGCUCAAGCCGCGCGAACCGUUGGAACUGGCUUUCUUGGUGCCCUCGCUGGUUUUGGAGCGAGUAAAGCGACCACUCCGCCGCCCUCCGAAACCCCACCCAACGCAGGAGGGUGGGGGAAAUGGUCUGGCCCCGCCACUUAUGCUCUAGGCGGCGCACUCUUAGCUGGUGCCGCUGCUGGAGUAACCUACUACAAGCGCGAUGAUCUCGCGCUCUCCUUCUCUUGGGCCACAGAUCACUUAAAAUAUGUUGGCAACCUCUGGGACAACGCUGCACUCAAUAAAAGAUUGGAGCAGCUCGUAGAGUCUGAAGAGAAGGAGGGAAUAAUAUUUCGAAACUUUUACACCUUCAUUCCUCCGACACCCCUACUGAAUAGUGCUGGACGGACUUUCAUUGUACUGCCCAAGAAAAGCUCUCAUGUAGCAUCCCGGUUCAUUUUAGCAAGAAAUGGGCUUGCGACUACCGAAGUGGAAGCACACACGGGCAUGUUUGCAGCGAAGACAAACGACGGGUAUUAUGAUUUGGGACUCGAAGCUGCUAAUGCCAUAAGGACAGCAAUACUGACGAGUCGAGGUACACUUGUAGAAUCCUAA